AUGCCUACAGACUCUGAAUGCGAAUGUGACUUGGUGUCGAAGGAGUGGUUGUUAUCGAAGCUACGGUCAGAUGAGAGGGACACGGUGCUCAUAGACUGUCGGAUGUCUAAUGAAUACUCUCAGUCCCACAUCCGUUCCGCAGUUAAUUUUUCAAUACCUAGUAUAAUGUUGCGGCGGUUAGCUGCAGGCAAGAUCGAGCUCGUUUCGACAGUGCAGUGUAAAGAGUUAAAGGCGAGGAUUUCACACUGUCGAACCCGGGGGAUUUUUGUUUUGUACGGUGAUGGAGCACCUCGGGACCCGGAUUCUGUUCACGGGAUACUGCUGAGAAGGCUUAAGCAAGAUGGCGUGCAGGUCGUCUGUCUUGAAGGGGAUUUCGCGGAAUUCCGUCGAGCAUAUCCUGAGUGGUGCAGCGAAGCGGGCGCUCAGCAUGUUCCACAUGCUCAUCUGCCAUUAAUGGGAUUACGGUCUCUGCGCAUCUCGGGGUCAGGGUGUGAGGAGGCUUUAUCAUCAGGGUCAUCGUCCGAGUGUGAGGAUGCUCACGCGCAUGUGCAGCAAGAUUUCCCCAUCGAGAUCCUGCCUAACCUGUACCUUGGCAACUCAACUAACAGUGAGGACUGUGACGCGCUGGCCAGGCACAAUAUCAAGUAUGUGUUGAACGUAACCCCAGACUUGCCCAACACGUUUGAAGCUGAUGGCUGCGGAAUCAACUAUCUGAAGAUCCCCAUUGCGGAUCACUGGAGUCAAAACCUAGCCGUUCAUUUUCCACAGGCCAUAAGAUUUAUCGAGGAGGCGAUGUCGGCGCGCUGCGGCGUGCUGGUGCACUGCGUGGCGGGCGUGUCGCGCUCCGUGACGGUGACGCUGGCCUACCUGAUGCAGCGCCACCGCCUCAGCCUGCGCGACGCCUUCGAGCUGGUGCGCAGCCGCAAGACGGACAUCGCGCCCAACUUCCACUUCAUGCGCCAGCUGCACUCGUUCGAGCGCGACCUGGGCCUGCACGAGCACAGCGCCAGUCUGAGUAAGGUGCUGCAGCAGCUGGGCGUGCGUGAGGCGCCGGGCGCGGCGGCCGACUGCGGCUGCGCGCCGGCGGGCGGCGUGUCGCCCGACUCGGGCAUCGAGUUCGACCGCUGGAGCGCGGCUCGCGACACGCCGCAAUGA